CUCUCUCUCUCUCUCUCUCUCUCUCUCUCUCCAUAUUUGUAUGAUCACGAAACCUCACUAGUUACUAUAGAAGCAUUAUUAGCAUACUAGAUAUCAUAUCAUGGCACUUGGUGCACUGGUGAAUCUAGCGCUAUGCCUCGUAUGCUCGUCGGUGGAGCUCGUCGCCGUGCUCCUCCUCCGCGCGCUCGCCCUCCUCGCCGUCUCCGUCGUGCAGCUCCUAAGGCUCCCCGGUCAGGCGGGGGGCGCGGCGCUCGAAGCGGCCAAGGGCGCCAUCGACGCGGCGGUGGAGCUCGUCCUAGGCGUGGCCUGGGACGUGCUCGCGGCCGUCGCCUCGGCGUUCCUGGACCUCCUGUGGAGCGCGGCCACGGGCGCCGCGGAGCUCGCGACGGGCGCGGCGACGGAGCUCCUGGAGGCCGCGCGGGACGGCAGCGAGGAGGCCGCCAGGGUCCUCGCGGCGGCGCUGGAGGGCGCGGUGGACGCCGCGGUGGCGGUGGCGACCAGGCUCGUGGAGAGCUACGUGGGCGCGCUUGGGCAAGUCGUGGACAGCCUCGACUCAUGAAGCGUCGACGCGGCGCGGUAGGUGCAUGUGCAGGCGACGCAUGCGUACAAGUGUCAGUAGUGGCCACACAUAGACAUAGGUACACGAUGCCUUCUGUUCUGACUAGGUACGUAUUGCCAUUUUCAAGAACAUUUCAGGUAGUUUCAGGCGGUGUUAACUAUUUGGACCUCCGCCGAUCCAGGCGAUGGGUAUAUAGAUAUAUAGCCAAAUCCGAAGGAUUUAAUUGGAGCUCAA